AUGAAUUCCCAGUUCUACACGACCACGGUAAUCAAGGCUACUGCCCCCAGUUUCAGCGAAUCAGGAUUUUUUAUCUCACCAGUACAACGCAAUUUGAUUGUUGCAAAAUUGAAUUGCAUAGAAAUAUACCUAAUUAAUGAACAUGGUCUCUUGUUACUAUCAGAAACGGAAUUAAAAGGAAAAGUUGAAAUAAUGAAAGUUUUUAGACCUAAAAACAAAAUUACAGACCUUAUAUUUGUAGUAACUGCUCAAUACGAUGCAAUGAUUUUAGAAUAUACUCAGGCAUCUGAUAAAAUUGAAAUGAUGACAAAAGGGCAUUGUAAUGUAUUUGAUCAUUUUGGGGUUGCCACAGAAUUUAUGGGCAUAAUUGAUCCUAAUGCCAAAUUAGUUAUGCUAAAAUUAUUUGAAAAAAUGCUUAAAAUCAUACCAUUAGACAAAGAGGGUGAACUUGAAGUGUAUUCUAUUACGAUGGAAGAAACAAAUAUACAAGAUAUUGGUUUUUUGUAUGGUUUUACUCACCCUACUAUUAUAAUCAUUCAUGAGAAUGCUAUGGGUCGAAAUAUUAAAAUAAAAAAAAUAAUUGUUGAUUUUAUAACAUGUAUUGAGGAUUCUAAGAAAUAUAAAAGUAUUGAAAAAGAAGCUUCAAUGGUCAUUCCUGUUCCUUCGCCUCUCUGUGGGACUAUUAUUAUUGGUGAAAAUUCAAUUUUUUAUCAUAAUGGCUCCUUUAAUAUUAUUUGUCUUCCCAUAAGACAGAAAAUAGAAAUUGUAUGUUAUACUACAGUCGAUUUAGAGGGAACAAGAUAUUUACUUGGUGACCAUUCAGGAUGUUUGUUUAUGUUAUUUUUAAAGUAUGAAAAAACAUUAAAUGGAGAAUAUAAAGUUACAGAUUUAUGUUUAAGUUAUUUUGGAGAAAUUAGUAUUCCUAUAUCACUUGCAUAUUUGGAUAACAAAGUAAUUUAUGUUGCAUCUAAAUUUGGUGACUCUCAACUCAUUAAAUUGCAUUAUGAAUUUAAUGAAAAUGGUUCACAUAUAACACUUUUAGAUCAAUAUCUUAAUUUAGGACCAAUUGUUGACAUGUGCUUAGUCGAUAUUGACCAACGUGGUCAAGAACAAAUUGUUACUUGUUCAGGGGCAUAUAAAGAUGGAUCUCUUAGAAUUAUAAACAAUGGAGUAGGGAUUCAAGAAAUAGCCACAAUUGAUUUGCUUGGAAUUAAAGGGAUUUGGUCUCUAAGUUUUAAUACUAAAAGUGAUCUAGAUGAUACAUUAGUAUUAUCUUUCGUUUGGCAUAGUAAAGUGUUGGCAUUUCAUAGUGAAGAGGCUGAAGAAAUAUAUGUUGAAGGUUUUGAAUCUGAGUUACAAACAUUUUACUGUGGUAAAUCAUCAGAUAAUAAGAUGGUUCAAAUAACAUCUGCUAGUGUCCGGUUAAUUUGUAUGGAGUCAAAGAAAUUAAUAAGUGAAUGGAAAGUACCAUAUUUCAGAAAUAUUAAUGCUGUGUCGUGUAAUGGUCGGCAGGCGGUUUGCUCAUCAGGACAUGAUCUAUAUUACAUAGAAAUUGGAUUACAUCAAAUUUUUCAAAACAAGCAUAUUACAUUAGAACAUGAAGCGUCUUGUCUUGACAUUUGUUUAUUUAAAAACAAGUUCGGUGAAACUAUAAUGUUGCUUGCUAUUGGUCUAUGGACAGAUACAUCUAUUAAAGUACUUAAACUUCCAGAUUUCGUAGAACUUGAAAAAGAAAAUUUAUCUGAAGGAAUUGUUCCUCGAUCAAUAUCUUUUGUUACAUUAGAAAAUAUACAUUACUUAUUUUGUGCAUUGGGAAAUGGUAGUUUAUGUUAUUUUUACUUAAAUAUUGAAACUGGUAAAUUAUAUAAGAAUGGAAAGAUUAAACUUGGUAAUCGACCAGCAUUAAUCAAAACUUUUCAAACUAUUUCAAGUAUUUUUAUAUGUUCUGAUUUUCCAAUUAUAAUUCAUUCUUCUAAUAAAAAGCUGGUAUUUACCAAUGUCAAUUCAAUAAAAGUUAAUAAUAUAUGUAUGGUUAAUACGGAUAAUUAUCCUAAAAGUUUGAUUCUGGCUACAGACACCUCUAUUAUUAUUGGUGUUAUUGAUAUGGAGAAAAAACAUCAUGUGCGUACAAUUCCCCUAGGAGAAUCUCCUCGGAGAAUUGCAUAUCAAGAAGCAAGCAAGACAUUUGGUAUAACAACUAUCAAAAAAAAUAAUAAAGAUGAAAUUAUGAAAGGAACUGUUCACCCUAGUGCUAGUACUAGAACACAAAAUAUUUCUAGCGCGAUGGGAAAUCGUAUUCUAACUGAUCAAGAAUUGUCCAGCAGUAGUGCAACAAGUUCAUUAAGUGACAGUGAUUUCAAUCCUGAAUUUGAAAUCAGCAGUAUGAUAAUAUUGCAUCAAGAUACUUUUGAAAUUUUACAUGUAUAUCAAUUAUAUUCCAACGAAUAUGCAUUAAGCAUCAUAUCAACUAAAUUGGCGAAUGAUCCAAAUACUUAUUAUGUAUUGGGAACGGCUCUUAUGGCAGAAGAAUGUCAAGAUCCUAAAGAAGGGCGAAUUGUUGUAUUCCAUUAUGAUACUUCUUUAUCAAAACUGACACAAAUAUCAGAAAAAAUUGUUUAUGGUGGAUGUUUUAGCAUGGUUACAUUUCAUGACAUGCUUAUAGCUACAGUUAAUAGUUCAGUACAAUUAUAUAGCUGGACUCAUGAAAAAAAAUUGGUUCUUCGAUGCACACUAAAUAAUAACAGUUUAUCCCAGCAUAUUAAAACUAAUGGAAAAUAUAUUCUUUGUGGUGAUUUAAUGAAUUCAUUAGCACUAUUUAAGUACAAAACUGAUGAAACCAAUUUAGAAAAGAUAGUAACAGAUGAUUGCCUAAAAUGGUCAUCCGCCAUAGAGAUUAUUGAUGAUGAUUUAUUUAUCGGAGCAGAAAAUGACAAAUACUUAUAUGUUUUUUAUAAACACAGUAAUUUUAUUCCUGGUGAUUAUCAACAUAAUAAAUUUCAAGAAAUUGGUAGAUUCCACUUGGGUGAUUUGGUAAAUGUUUUUAGACAUGGUUCAUUAGUUAUGAAACAAUUUGAAAAUGCAUAUGAAACACAAUUAUCAGUUCAAGGAAGUAUUCUUUAUGGCACAAUUAGUGGAGCUCUUGAGUUUAGACUUAAUUCUUUAUACACAGUAGAUUAA